AUGCCAUAUAUAUCUCGCUGGACUGUUCCCAUCCCGGAAUGUUCAUUAUCGACGUUCCUCUUCAAGUCGCCCUCCUACCCCCUCGGCACCAAGCGUGCUUUCUCAGAAGCGGCUCGGCCAGACACUCACUACCUAACGCGCGAGCAAUUUCGAUUAUGGGCACAGCGAUUCGCCCUUGGCCUUCGACGGUCCCGGCAUUUCAAAAAAGGAGACCGCAUCUUGUUGUUUAGUGGCAAUGACCUCUUUGUCCCCGUCGUCUUCAUGGGCAUCCUCUGCGCCGGUGGAAUCUUCAGCGGCGCGAAUCCGACCUUCGUCGCAAGGGAAUUGGCCCACCAACUAAAAGACAGUGGAGCUACGUAUCUUCUAUGCGCGGAUGGCUCAAUCGAUACAGGUGUCGAAGCCGCCCGAUUGGCCGGACUUGAUCCUCUCGAGAGAGUCUUCGUGUACAACGCCAAAAUAUAUGACGGAGAAACUCAGGGUUUGAAGGGUUGUAAAUACUGGAGUGAAUUGAUUGCCCCGGCGGCAGAUGCAAAGGAUUUUCAAUGGGACGACCUCUCGGGUCCAGGAGAAUGCCACACCACCUUGGCCCUAAACUACAGCAGCGGCACGACGGGUGUUCCGAAGGGGGUUGAAAUCACGCACCGCAAUUACAUCUCUAAUACUAUCCAAGUGGCCAAAAUGUCAGAGCUCCACCCAGAAUACGAGGCCCGAAAUGCUCACGCGUCGUGGCUUUGCUUUUUACCACUGUAUCACGCCUACGGUCAAACCUUCUAUGUGGCCGGUGCAUUCAACAGACAAAUCCCCGUUUAUGUCAUGCCCAAGUUUGACUUCGUCCAACUCCUCGAAUACAUCCAAAAAUUUCGGAUAACAGAUCUCACAUUGGUACCACCGAUUGCAGUAAUGCUCGCCAAACAUCCGGCGGUGGAGAAAUACGAUCUCAGCUCGGUGGUAAAUAUUGGCUCCGGUGCGGCGCCCUUGGGUAGAGAUGUCUCGGCCCGGGUGGAACGGCGAUUAGGACAUAGUUUGAAUUUCAAACAGGGAUGGGGGAUGACUGAAUGUACCUGUUCCCUCCUCGGCUGGGAUGUCAACCGCAUUUCCACAUCCCAUUCUGUCGGCGAACCCAACCCUAACUGCGAAGCUAAGAUUAUGACUGAAGACGGUGCUUCUGAAAUCACUACCCGUGGGUCAAGUUCUGUCGGUGAACUUUGGUGCCGUGGUCCAAACGUCAUGAAAGGCUAUUGGCGCAACCCCAAGGCCACUGCCGAAACCCUCACGCCAGAUGGUUGGUUGAAGACCGGCGAUAUUGCCUACGUCGACUCCGACGGCAUGUUUUUCAUCGUGGAUCGGAAGAAAGAACUCAUCAAGGUCAAGGGAAACCAAGUAGCACCCGCCGAACUGGAGGCCCUGUUGCUUGAGCACUUUGGAAUUUCAGACGCCGCUGUUAUUGGCAUGCCUACCCAAGACGGAGACGAGAAGCCUCGUGCGUUCGUGAUUCGGCAGGCCAACCCGGAAGGUGAGAAACUCACAGAAGAAGAAGUUAAGAAGUUCAUCGAGGGCAAGGUCGUGCGCUACAAGCGGUUAGCUGGCGGUGUGGAGUUUGUGGACUCAAUCCCAAAGAAUCCGUCCGGCAAAAUCCUCAGGAGACAGUUGAGGGACGCCACAAGGGAGAGGCUGAGGAGACAAGGCGCAAGGCUGUAA